AUGUAUCCUUAUAGGGAAGUGAAAUCCAUCUCUGCAAGCAAACCAGUGACAGAGCUGUUGCCAGGUCUUCGUAAUAUGCUUUCCAACAGUCAGGAAGAGUCGAACAGUCAAGGACCCACAACCAUCGGAAAUACCAAUUUGGGGAAGCUUCAGGCGAACCAUUCAUGCACAGAGUCGAGUCCUGUGGCUAAGGCUAUGGUGGCAACCAUGGAGACAACAACCAGACUGCCCGAUUUGAUCCAAGUCUCUUGGGUGUCCGUUAAUAACCUUGGAACGAUUAUCAGUUUUACCCUCAAUUACAGCGACAAAGUGGUAAGGAAAAUCUAUUGA